CAGCCUGGGAAGCUGCGCCAUAUUGGCCGCGGCCGCGCUGUAUUGUCAUAAAUAGAGCCGGUUUUGUGGUGUUUCCACUACUCGGUUGAAUGCCUCGGCCGUAGUGAGUCGGGAAGUGAGCGAGCGAGCGAGCUGCAAGCGAGCGAAGGGAAGUGGACAGGAAGGAAGGAAGAGAGGGCAAGACCAGGACUCCAGAGCGAAAAGACACUCGCUGGAGAGAGACGCAGGAAGCGAUGAAAGAGAUGUCUGCAAACACCAUGCUGGACAGCCAGCGUCAACAAAAGCAUUAUGGAAUUACCUCUCCAAUUAGUUUGGCAUGUCCUAAAGAAAUUGAUCAUAUUUAUACACAGAAAUUAAUUGAUGCUAUGAAACCAUUUGGAGUAUUUGAAGAUGAGGAAGAAUUGAACCACAGGCUGGUUGUUCUUGGUAAAUUGAACAAUUUAGUAAAAGAAUGGAUUUCUGACAUCAGUGAAAGUAAGAAUCUCCCACCUUCCGUUGUGGCUACUGUUGGUGGUAAAAUUUUCACAUUUGGAUCUUACAGGCUUGGAGUACACACCAAAGGUGCUGAUAUAGAUGCACUUUGUGUAGCCCCAAGACAUGUAGAGAGAUCAGAUUUUUUUCAGUCCUUUUUUGAAAAAUUGAAGCAUCAGGACGGCAUUAGAAACUUAAGAGCUGUAGAAGAUGCUUUUGUACCUGUUAUAAAAUUUGAAUUUGAUGGUAUUGAAAUUGAUCUAGUCUUUGCAAGACUGGCAAUACAAACCAUAUCAGAUAAUUUAGAUCUAAGAGACGACUCUCGCCUGAGGAGCCUUGAUAUACGGUGUAUUCGGAGUUUAAAUGGAUGUAGAGUUACUGAUGAAAUUUUGCACUUAGUGCCAAAUAAAGAAACUUUUAGACUCACCCUAAGAGCAGUCAAAUUGUGGGCAAAACGUCGUGGUAUUUAUUCCAAUAUGCUGGGAUUCCUUGGUGGAGUCUCCUGGGCAAUGCUAGUUGCCAGAACUUGCCAACUGUAUCCAAAUGCAGCCGCUUCAACUUUAGUUCACAAGUUUUUUUUAGUGUUUUCAAAAUGGGAAUGGCCAAAUCCUGUGCUGUUGAAACAACCAGAAGAAAGCAACUUGAAUUUGCCUGUCUGGGAUCCUCGGGUGAAUCCAUCAGACAGGUACCAUCUUAUGCCCAUAAUCACCCCUGCCUACCCCCAGCAGAACUCCACGUACAAUGUGUCUACGUCCACUCGGACAGUAAUGGUAGAAGAGUUUAAACAAGGGCUUGCAGUUACAGAUGAAAUUCUUCAAGGGAAAUCAGAUUGGUCCAAACUAUUAGAGCCACCAAAUUUUUUUCAAAAAUACAGACACUAUAUAGUAUUGACUGCCAGUGCAUCGACAGAAGAGAAUCAUCUAGAAUGGGUUGGAUUAGUUGAAUCUAAAAUCCGUGUGCUCGUUGGAAACUUGGAACGGAACGAAUUUAUUACUCUUGCCCAUGUGAAUCCCCAGUCAUUCCCAGGGAAUAAGGAACACCAUAAAGCCAACAAUUACGUAUCAAUGUGGUUCCUCGGGAUAAUUUUUCGGAGAGUAGAAAAUGCAGAGAGUGUUAACAUAGACUUGACAUAUGAUAUACAGUCAUUUACUGAUACAGUGUACAGGCAGGCAAACAACAUAAAUAUGCUAAAGGAUGGAAUGAAAAUUGAAGCCACACAUGUAAAGAAAAAACAACUUCAUCAUUACCUACCAGCAGAGAUUCUGCAGAAGAAGAAAAAGAGUCUUCCUGAUGUAACUCGGAGCUCAGGUGGCCUUCAGUCCAAACGGUCAUCACUAGAUAGCAAUUGUCUGGAUAGCUCCAGAGACACUGACAGUGGAACACCCUUCAGUUCUCCGGUGUCUGCGAAUAAGCCGUCCAGCCCAGACAGCCCCACAGGAGCCGCAGAGAGGAGUAGUGCUGAGCCCGCCACUGUGCUUGUGGAGAAGCUGCCAAGUGUCCCCCCAGCUCAGGGGCUGUCUAUUCCAGUCAUCGGUGCAAAGGUUGACCCUUCAGUAAAAACUGUACCUUCCCCAGCUGUAUGCACCAUUCCUACUGUAGUAGGGCGGAAUGUUAUUCCUAGAAUGACAACACCCCACAACCCUGUCCAGAGUCAACCACAUCUAAACGGAAUAUCGAGUAUUAGUAAGAAUGUUACACCCAAAAGAUCCCAUUCACCACCUACAGAUGGGACUUCUAAGAGGUUGAAAGAUAUAGAAAAGUUUAUUCGACUUGAGUCAGCAUUUAAGGACUCCCGUGCUGCCGAGGAUAGGAAAAGAAAACCAAUGGAUGCAACUGGUGGAGGAUCUAUGCCCAUUCCAACUAUUGAUACGUCACGCAAAAAGAGACUACCCAGUAAAGAACUGCCAGAUUCAUCAUCUCCAGUUCCAGCAAGCAACAUCCGUGUCGUCAAGAACUCCAUCCGACUGACCCUUAAUCGGUAAUAGCAGUGCCUGUUCACCUCGGUGAACCUGCAGUCACAGCGGUGUAGAUGGCAGCCAGUCUUCAGAAGAGAAGUAGCUGCUGUACAUACAGAUGUUGCGUAGUUACCAGGGAGGAUCAGUCCAGUGACCACACAGGAGUUGGGCACCAUAAUGUUUUGUCUCCCAUGGAGGCCUUCAAAACGCAUCUUUACUGCAAAUCAAACUACAACCAGGAGACUGAAAGUCAGUACAUGAAUGGUGACAUUGCUCAUGUCUUACUGUCUCGUGACAUUCUUGUUGGCUGAUUGGUAUUUUUACAGAGAGAAUUCAUCCCACCAUCAGUGAUAGACACCUUUCAGUUCAGCAGACCUGUACUUUGAAGUAUAAACUUAACUCCGCAUGCUAACCCCUCACCAGAGCCCGCAGUGCCCAUGGUCCAGGCAUGCAGAGUAAGCAGUGGCUCUGUCAAAGUCUGCCUAAGGCACUCCGAAUGGCAUUGUUACCAACCAUUAAUUGGCUCAGGACCUUUGUAGUUUUUAUUUAACUAUAUGAGUUGUCUUUUUUACACUGCUUUUUUCAGUGCAUUUCUUAAUAUUUUUUAAGUUUCAUGAAUGCAUGCUCGGUUUAUUAAAAAUCCACAACCAUGUAAUUCUUGUAAUCUGUUGACUCCGUGUUUUGUAAAUGAAGUCGUAUGUAUUUUCAGAGUAUUUUUAUAUGUACUGUAAGAUACCAUCUUUUCAAAGAGAAACUUUAAAACCUUUACUGUGUGUCUAUUUUUUAAGCAUACCUAACAUAUUUUAAAUGGAACACAAGCAAGGCCAGGAAUGCUGUACAUAGAACCUCCUUCAGCUCUCACUAGGUGCAUAGUAGGUCCAGAAGUGGGACGCUACAUUGACUAGUGCGGGGGAAAUAGCCUGGCUGUGGUUUUUGUAGGACACAUGGGAAGCCGUAUAGUCAGUGGAGAAAUAACAAUGCAUUUUCACUUGUAAAACAUUUACCACCAAAUGUAAAUUCUUAAGUUUAGGUUGUCAGAGGGCUAUAUACUCCCUCUCCCAUUCUGAGCCAUAGCUCCUGAAAGGCAGGUUCUAGUGUUUAAUGUAUACAAG